CCUUGCCUGACAUUGCAGUGCGCACCAAAGCUGAUGAUGAUUGGCUGAUGUUUGAUUCAGCUUCUAAAGUAGGCUAUCAGGGUCGAAGCUCGCUCUCCAAUGCAUGAGGACUUGGGACAGUAAUUUUAGAUAGCAUAUCUCUAUCUUUGUAUCAAUCAAUUAAUUACACGCAUUCAUUUGAAAAUGGUGACUUUAUUGCGUCGACGAGCUUCGGCGCUGCUUCUUGCGUGGGGUUAUUGUAUUUUGGCUGAGACAACUUUGUCUAACAUCACUCUUGAUAACGAGGUUCACUCCAGCUUCAUCCAGCGCCGUCUGAGGAGCCAGGAGCGCCGGGAGAUGCAGCGGGAAAUCCUCUCCAUCCUGGGGCUGCCCCACCGGCCCCGGCCGCAUAUCUACACCAAACAAAACGCUGCCCCGAUGUUCAUGCUGGAUUUGUACAACGCUAUUUCCACGGACGGACAACAGCCAGCAGGCUUUUCAUAUUAUAAACCCGUUUUAACGACCAAGGGGCCCCAGAUGGUGACCCAGCAAAACAGUAUUUUCCUCAAUGACGCGGAUAUGGUGAUGAGCUUUGUCAAUCUUGUUGAGCUGGAUCAGAACGUCCUGUCUUCUCGGCGCAACAGGGAAUUCCGCUUUGACUUGUCCCAUAUCCCAGAGGGAGAAGCUGUCUCCGCUGCAGAGUUCAGAAUCUACAAGGACUAUAUCGGAGAACACUAUGAGAAUGAGACCUUCCAUGUGAACGUGUACCAGGUGCUACAGGAGCCCCCUGACAGUGAGGAGGACCUGUUCCUGCUGGACACGCGUGUGGUGUGGGCUAUAGAGGAAGGCUGGCUGGUGUUUGACAUCACAGCCACCAGUAACCAGUGGGUAGUGAACCUGGACCAGAACUUGGGCCUGCAGCUAGCUCUAGAGAGCAUGGACGGCCAGAGUGUGAACCCCAGGCUAGUAGGGCUGGUGUGGGGCAGUGGGCUACAGGACAAGCAGCCCUUUAUGGUGGCCUUCUUUAAGGGAACUGAGGUUCGUCUCCGCAGCGUCCGCUCUGCCCACGGCCACAAGGGGCGCAACCGCUCUAAAAACCCCAGGAAUGCCCAGGACGCACUGAAGGUUGCUGAGGCUGCAGCAGGUACACAAAUAAUGAAGACCCUCAGCACAGACCCGAAACGGGGCUGUAAGAAGCAUGAGCUGUAUGUCAGCUUCAGAGAUCUGGGAUGGCAGGACUGGAUCAUUGCACCAGAGGGCUAUGCAGCGUACUACUGCCAGGGCGAAUGCUCUUUUCCCCUCAACUCCUACAUGAAUGCCACCAAUCAUGCCAUUGUGCAGACUCUGGUCCACUUCAUAAACCCAGAGACAGUGCCCAAACCCUGCUGUGCCCCCACCCAGCUCCACGGCAUCUCUGUCCUCUACUUUGACGACAGCUCCAAUGUCAUUCUGAAGAAGUACCGGAACAUGGUGGUCAGAGCCUGCGGUUGUCACUGACCACCAUUAGACUUCCCCUUCCCAGGAUACACUGGGGCUGGUGGAGGAAGAGGAGGAAGAGGAGGAAAUGGGGAUUAUGCAGCAAAACUCAUUUAUUGCCUGAUCUAUAAGGACCUGCUGCUUCAGGACUGGCAGGAAGACCAACUGCCUUUAUUAUUGGCUGCAAACUGACAAGUACUAGCAAUACUGCCUUAGCAGUAGAGCCAUACUGCCCUAGCAGUAGAGCCAUACUGCCCUAGCAGUAGAGGCAUACUGCCCUAGCAGUAGAGGCAUACUGCUCUAGCCCAACUACGAAGAAGAUCUUUGGCAUCUGGAUUGUCUCCACUACAUGGUGCAUUAAAGAUAGGGACAAGGCUACUCAUCUAGAGCGCAAUAGAAUUCCCAGUCAGUACCGUGGAGGAAAGAGAAACAUCACAGACACUGAACUGUCAUCCAUUUAUUUAUAAUCUCAUGUUUCUUAAGUGAACAAAGAAAGGAAAGUAUUGAUGAAUACAAAAAGAUAUCCCCCUGGAUAGAGGCAUGAGACUCAAAUGAAAUGCUAAAGAUGCUCCAAAACGGAGCAGAAUUUAGCAAUUGCUUGUUUAUCUAUGAGUAGACAUUUUAAGAUGUGCCUUUGAACAAGAUAAAUCCAGUUUGGACAGUUCUGCUGUGUGCACCCAGCGCCUCUGUGUAAAACAAUUGCUGGAUAAAACUGCUGCAUCUGAUUGCAUUAGACAGUCUCUGAAAUGGGUUUACUUUGACACGUUUCUUUUUUACAGCAUAGUUAAUUAUUUUCCACAAACAGCUGGGUUUACUUUGAUUUCGAUGAGAACAAAAUGGCUGUCUGUUUUUCCUUUGAACGGCAUGUAGGUGAUGAUGUAUUUUGCGGAGCAGAGGUCAGGUGUAAGACAUCUGGCUGUCUGUGUGCAGAUUCAGAGGCUGCUGCUGUGAGAGAUGGCAGAGCUGACGGUUAAUACGAGACUGUGUGGGAUUGAUAGAGUAUGCCCUUUUGGGUUGAGUUUCCUGGAGGAGGAGGCACAGACAUAUAUCACCAAGCUCUGCACAGCACAAGAAAGGCAUGUGGUCCCAGAGAUGCCAUUGGUUUUGCCCACAAGAGAACUCUGAGCUAUCAUUCUGUUCCAGCUUCCUUUUGAUGUCCUUCCAGACCUGCAGGUGGGCGAUCGAGGCCAUAUUUUCUGUAAAAACUAAAUGUCAGAUUACAGCAACAAAGUGCACAGAAACUCUCAUAGGCAUAGCAGAUGUAAUACAUUUAUAUCACUUGGCCAGAAAAGCCUUCUCUCACACACUGACAGCCAAAACAUGGUAACUGAAGACGUUGGUGGUUUAUGUAUAAUCUAUCAUAGGCUCUAUAAGCAUAUGUAUAUAAAUAUUGUAAACAUCAGCUGGUGAGGUAAAAUAUAGUAAAUGUAGCCUACUUUAGGACUCUAUUCAGUCUGUAUUGCCGAAACGUUACAGAUUGCGUGCUAGAAAUGUCAUACCCCCAAGACAUGCUAACCUCUCACAAUUAUAAUAACGGCAGAUUUUUUUUUGGGGGGGGGUAUGAUAUUUGUGCGUCUGUUACUUUCUCACUCAUCAUUAUUCUUGAUUCAUUCAGGAUUAUCCGUAAUCAUGGUAGCAUCCACAUGAAUUUAGAAGUGUUUAGAAAAUACUCUAUUCUUAUUUACAAUAAAAGUUCCUCCAAAAUGACACAAUACAUUAUUUACCAUUCAUUUCUAUUGGUCACAAACUAAUCUAAAACACAAUCAAAACAGACAGGAAAUGCAUUAAACAAAUUUGCAGAGUAACAAGCUUGAUGUAGUAAUUGUGUUAUAUGAAUAUGGGACCAAAUACGUAACUUUUUACUACUUUAAUACAUAUACUGUAUAAGUGAAUUUGACCGAUAAUUUUGGUCCCCUAAAAUGGGGGAAUACAGUGCCUUGCG